GGAAAACCUAACUCAUAACGGGUUGUCAUCGACAAGUCUGAUUAGAAUGUACCCUGAAAAUAUCUCUAUCGAAGAUAUGGACUUGGAUCAACAUAAUUUUAAGUCAACAUAUCAAAUGCCAAAGCAGAAGAGUUGUGCAGUUGUUGGCAACAGUGGAAUUUUACUAAACAGCUUGUGCGGUGAAGACAUUGACUCCAACGAUUUCGUUAUCCGCUGUAAUGUUCCAGAUGUUAGCAAUUAUGUUAAAGAUGUUGGAACUAAAACAAACGUGACUAUAGUUUUCCAGGCUACCAUGCUCUAUUUAUACAGACUGUAUUUAAAUGGAACGAUCCAUGAUGAAGUGCUGACGCGUUUGCACCUUCUUAAUGACACAAUAUUGUGGUAUCCAGAAUCUUUUCGCAGUAAAAAUGUACCGAAAAACACUGCAAAAGCUGCCCUUAAGUACCUGAAAACCAAUUUUGACCUUUCAUUUCAGUUUGCUAUCACAUUUGACAAUCAGCUGACCUGGAGACUACGAAGGAUACUCAAGGUAACGACGCCAACAACUGGAAUAAGGGCGAUCAUUGGUGCUCUAAGUCUCUGCGAACAUGUGAAUGUUUAUGGAUUUUACCCAUAUGCUCUUGAUCUGAAUGGUAACAACGUAUCAUAUCAUUACUACGGGCCAUUCUUAACAGUUGAUGAAUUCGAUACAAAGCACAAUUUCUCAUCUGAGUUCCAGUCGCUAAAGAUUUUGGACAACAAGAACAUUCUAAGAUUAGUUACCAAUACAUGCAAAUCAUGA